AUGACGCAAGUACCUUCACUCCGAUUUCUUUCAACAGUUUCUGUGUUUGUUUUGAAGAAGGAGGAGGAGGAGGAGACUCGUGUUGUUGGAGAUUAUUCAUCACCUUCGCUGAACAGAAUCACUUCUCCUUCAUCACCUAAUGUUGUACCACAUGGAGGAAAUUCAUUGUUGUGGACUCAUGAGAUCGGAACGAACUCUACAGAUGGACGAAAUGGCAACAAAAAAACAGGAGCUAUGAAUGUUACAACUCACAGAAAGAAUGCAAACACUUUUAAAGAGUAUGCAAUGAUGAGAGGGCAAAAUAGAGAUAACUUCAAUUCAAAAAAGUAUAACCCACCAAAGACAGACCUAAUUUUUACAUAUCCCAAAGAUUUGACAACCGAUAAGACUGUCACAAUUAAUUCGAUGCCUUUAUUUUGUUUUUAUUCUCAUCAUCAUGAACGAAGUAUGUCUGAAUAUGUAUCAAACAAUUCAAAAAUUAGACUUGGAUCUAUGGGGACGAGUUGUAACAACAACGUACAGCUCUUUCCGUUCGUAAUGACAGACUAUUUCAAAAACGAAUGUUAUUGCUUUUGUGUAUUGUUUGACAAUACAACACAUAAUGAAAAGGUUGCAAUUGUGUUUGAAACACCAAUUCCUAUUUAUGAAAUGAUGAAUGACAUUAUUCUGGAAAUGUAUAGUUUUGGACUCUUCCAGGUGUUUUUAGAUGCCCAUUUCCGAGAUCAUGAAAUGAGAAAUAUUGGAGACUCUUCUAAUUUAUUCAUGAAUAGUUUUAAUAAUGAUAAUAAUUAUCAACAUUUAUUAGAAAAGAAAAAUUUACUAUUGAAUAGACUCGAAAUGAUGAUUCAUCACAUUCCCAUUCCGCCACCUUCCAAAAAUAUCUAUACUAGCUUUACAUUACUUCAAAAGAAUUAUGUUUUGAAAUAUCCAGAUGUUGAAGAGUUGCCGUUUUGUAAUAUCCCAAUUUCUGAAACAAUUUUCAAAACAUUAUCCAACGACAUGAUUGUAGACCUUGUGAAUUUAAUUUUAUUAGAAAAGAAAAUUAUUCUCGUCAGUGAAAGUAUCAGUCUCUUAACUUAUUGUUGUGAAUCUUUGCGGACAUUGUUGUAUCCUUUUCAAUUUCCAUUAAUGUUUGCUUUCAUUCCUCAUUUGCCUGUGCAGCUGCUUGAAACCAUUCUCUCACCUGUGCCUUACAUUGCUGGAGUUCAUAGCUCUCUCAAGCAUGAAUUAUUUAUGGUGAUUGAUCAGCAGAAUCGAAUGUUAGAGCAAUCCUCUCAUACCACUUCGAGGAUAAAAUCUCCCUCGUCAGCAUCUGAACGUGCCCUUUCACCCUCUGAAAAUGACACAAGUUUAGUGGUCUUAGAUAUUGACGCAUCAACCUUUAUUUAUGGAAAAGCUCCAGAGAGGGAACAACGAUUUCCCGAACGAUACAGACUGCAAUUAAUUGAGAAAUUAGAACCCGUUCUCAGAUCCGCAUCGAAGAGUCUUGAUUUUUUAUCAGGACCUAUUUCUAAACGUGAAGAACGAAUUUCCACAGAUAUCAGAAUUCGAGAAUUGUUCACAUGGUUUUAUUGCAAAAUGUUAAUACCUCUUAAUAUUCACAUUUUGACAAGAAAAUGGAAAAAGAAUAAUAAUAACAAACGAAAUGGCACAGAAUAUAUUGAUAACAUAAAAAGAUAUGUGCUGGAAGAAGCUGAAGAAAUUGAUUCAAAUCAGAGAGCAUUCUUUUCACAUUUAUUUUCCAACCAGAUAUUUUCAGAGCUACUGAACCAUGGUAUUGAAGAGCAAUACUUUUAUCAAGAGAUGUGUUUUUCCAUCUUUGUGAAUUCUGAAGUUGAAAAUUUAAUGAAAAAUAGAAAUCAUGUCAUUCCAUUGGAAAUUGAUACUACUGUGAAAACUGAACAUUUAGAUGAAUUUGUGUUGCGCGAAUCAUUUGACACUGCCUUUAACAUGAACAGUGUCCAGGAAUGGUUUUCGAAAGGUCAACCCAAUGAUGUCUUGCUUUAUUGGAUCAACAACAAAUUGGAAGCUAUCAAAAAGAAAGCUCAAUCCUCCACUCAGCAUCUCUUGAGUACUAAUUAUAAUCUAUCACGAUUAAUGUUAAUGAGAUCUUUUGUGAAUGAGAGAGCAACAAGAUUCGAACAAGCCCUGGAAGAUGCACUCACUGCCAUGUCCACAGCAACCGAUGAAAGACUAGUUCGAAGAGAAUGGUUCGAAUCCUUAUUACUUCGCAUUCCCAAACAAUCUCUCAUGAAAUUUGUGGCCAAAAUGAAGACAAAAUACAAUCCAAACACAGAAGAUCUUUUUAAAUUGGGCUUUCUUGAGAAGAUUGUUCUCGACAUGCAUCAAGGUCAUGUUCAAGAUGUGAAAGCUCUAUUUCAACAGGCAGAGCUUAUUGAACCAGGUUCAAGUUUUGAGUUGAGACCUCGGAGAAAAUCUGUUCCAAAUUCUUCACUUUCUCCUGUCGACUCGGCAGAAUCUGAACCUCACACAGCAGAGUCAUUGGAUGACAAACAAUUAGUCAUAUUCGACAACAACACUGAUAAUCAUUCACAAGAUAUGCCAAGAGCCAAUUCCUUCCCAAGUGGAAAUCCUACUCAAUUGCCUUCAACGGAUGAUGAGGUAGAGAGUCACUUUGAUUCUCCACCAACCUUGUCACCUCGUUCUCCAACUCAAGAAGAAGAAAUUGAUGAUACAGAAUCGUUGGAGGCACUUCAAACACCUCUUACUUCAAAGAAAAGAUCCUUUUCGAGCACUUCCAUACACGAAUACAACAAUAAUACAUCUUCUUCAGCCCCUCAAACAAGUGUACCACCAACAACGAAAGCGACAAAAUCAAGCUCAGGAACUAUUCUCUUGUCAUUACCUUUUAUUAACUUUUCAAGUAUUGAACAUCAAUUAAUUCCAAAGAAUAUUGACACACUUUCACAAUUGUCAGCCAUGAAUUCAACAUCACGAAGAAAGAGCACCUUGUUUACGAAGAAAAAAAAUUCUGAACUAGAUGCAUUAUCCAGAAUGGUGAAUAUUUCGAAAGAAAUGUUCUCAAUGGUUGCAUUUGAAUGUGGAAUGUUCUUUUCAAAACAAGAUGGAGAUCGAAUUUAUGAUCAGCUUGUAUUAAUUCAGAAAGAUUCACUACAUGUUGUUGACGAUACAUCGUCAACACUGAAACCAGAGACUCUGAAGAAAUUCUUGAAUUGGUUCAAAAUUGUCAAUCAGUUCAAUCAAUAUUCAACACUGAGAUUUAGAAAAAUUGAAAGCCCUCAAACAGUGGCAGUGUCUUCCUACGAGCAACAACAGCACAAUAAUGAAUCCAUUGUGAUUUUGACUCAAAGUACACUUUGUGAAGCAACAUUUUCAUAUUCCACACUGCUGGAGGGAAAGGAACAUUCCCAAGAGUUACCAACACAUACGAAUAUGAUUCACCAAAAUGGAAGAAUUUGUUUUUGUAAUGAUGGUUCCAUCUAUUUUGGAAUUUCCAAGUUAGAAUUGGUGGUGUCAGACAUGUCACAAAUAAUCAAAAUUGAUCACUAUCCUCCUCAAUCCAUUCUGAAACAACAACCUGAUUUAUUGAACUUGAAGAUUGAAGGAUCUGUCAGAAUUGUGGUACGAGUGGAUUCGAAUACCACUCGACAUGUAGAAUUUAAAUUUCCAAACACCAUUCAGAGUUUGGUGUGGUAUGGACAUUUCUUGAGUUUGAUGAAUUUCAGCACAUCCAUUACCAUGAGCAUGAUUAUGAGCAAGAAAUCACACACAAAUUAUGUGCCGACAAAUCCAACCACUGUCUCAAUAUUCAGAAAUAUUACGAUUGAUCAUGUUUUAUAUCUCAUGAAACAAGGAUCAACCAACUAG